UCAGCUCCGCGAUGAUCAGUGAACGUGUUUCGCGAUCUAACCGCCACCGAGAGGCGAAGGUUUCUUGUCGACUUUUCUUCUUUCUUGUUUACAUCGCUCUCGUGCGCACCCAAACACCUCCAACUUUUGAGGGACCCACCUUCAGCGAGCCAAUAUCAAACGUGACGGUCCCAGUAGGAAGGGAGGCUGUACUCGCUUGUGUCGUUGAUGACCUUUCUACCUACAAGGUAGCGUGGCUGCGAGUGAAUACGCAGACUAUUUUAACGAUUGCUAAUCACGUGAUCACGAAAAAUCAUAGGAUUGGAGUAACACAUACUGACCACAGAACAUGGUACUUGCACAUCCGCGAGGUUCGUCAAUUGGACCAGGGAGAUUACAUGUGCCAAAUAAAUACAGAUCCCAUGAAAAGCCAGGUCGGAUAUUUGGACGUUGUGGUUCCACCAGACAUUCUGGAUUAUCCGACAAGUACAGAUAUGGUGGUGAGAGAAGGUAGCAAUGUAACUUUGCGAUGUGCUGCAACCGGCUCUCCCGCCCCCAAUAUCAUCUGGAGACGUGAGUCCGGUGAAUUGAUACUCGUCGGAAACAAGGAAGUGGCCAACGUUGAAGGUCCGGUUUUCAACAUAACGAAGGUUAAUCGACUACACAUGGGGCCAUAUUUAUGUAUAGCUUCGAAUGGCGUACCACCAACAGUCAGCAAAAGAAUAAUGCUUGUUGUUCAUUUUCCGCCCAUGAUUUGGAUUCAAAAUCAGUUGGUUGGUGCCCAAAUCGGUCAACAAAUAACAUUAGAAUGUCUCUCGGAAGCUUACCCAAAAUCGAUCAACUAUUGGACGAAAGAAAACAACGAAAUCAUAUCUAACGGUGGAAAAUACGAGCUAGUACUAGUGGACAAUAUCUACAAAGUACACAUGAAACUGACAAUAAAAGAAGUGAAUAUGGCCGACUUUCAAACAUACAAAUGCGUUUCCAAGAACUCACUAGGGGGUACGGAUGGAGGCAUCAAGCUCUACCAUAUACCAACACCCACGAUGCCCUCUACGACGACAACGACAAUUAUUCCCACUGUGACAAGAGUUGAAAAGAAGCAGAAAACAAGACAAAAACCAGCAGCAACAGCACAACCAAGUUCCAAUGUAGUCGCCGAGUUGCAAGCUGCAACGAAGAGCCGGGACAGAGGCCUUCAACUCCGAGGUCCACCCAACGACGAAACAAUCAACAACGAAAUUGCUGGUGGUGAUAACGCAAGGGAGAGAAUUAGUAGCGGAAUAGGAAGUUUGGGUAAUUCCCGAUCAGAUAAUUCUGCACACUCGAUGUCUUCGAAAGGUGUAUCUGUAAUGUUAACGGGAAAAUACAGUGCUCAGUUGGCUGUGGCUACAAUAUUGGUUGUUUUGUCGUAGUUUCAGUUAUUUUAAUAUAAUAAAUACUGAAC